AUGACUCUGCUCGACGACGGAGUUCUCCUCUCUGUCGACGAUAGCCUCGACUCGCUCGUGCCAGGAGUAAUUAAGGUCCGGCGUGAUCCGAAGUCGUGGCGGGGUGCAAGGCGGGUUCGAUCAAACUGGGUCUUAAAGGCGGAUGAAGGCAUGGAAGACGCAGAUUUCAAAACUGGUGGUGGAGAGGAUGUUGCAAAUGAUGGGUUUACGGAAGGGUCUGAUAGCUCGUCUCGCAGGAGGACCAGGGGAAGGGUUAGGGUUUCAGAUAGUAGGGGCACUAGUCCUGUUGCGGAAGGGGAAGCUCCUUCAGAUAUGGAUGGGGUAGAAUGGAUUGACCCGAACGGGUUUUGUCGUUCUGAAGAGGAUGGUGGAGUGCGGUCAUGGCUCAAGGAACUGGGACUGAGUAGGUAUGCCCCUGUUUUUGAGAUACAUGAAGUGGAUAACAAGGUGCUGCCAUUGCUGACUCUAGACGAUUUGAAAGAUGAGAUCCCCAUCUCUCAGAUCAGCGGUGGGCUCCUCGUGGAUGUGUGUGGCUUCCCGGUGGGAGAGGCCAGGAAGUGA